GCGUUUCUUGUCCUCCUCAUCCUAGCAUGCGUGCAGAAGCUUAUCUUUUCGGAAUCUCGGUCGACGCCAUCAAGUAACGAUGCUGUGCUGCUGACUGGUGAACGAGAGCAGCGCUACGCCACCGACAGCGCUGCGGUAGCACCAUCAGCUUUGCAUACAGAUCAUACAGUGGCGAGCUGAGCCAACACAAUCAGAAUCGAAGCAAACCAAGCCCUCAUAUUUCAAGGCAUUGUCAAAGUCAAAUUCUAGAGCACGCUCUGAGAGAGCAAGACAAGCCAUGGCCGAGCCCGGAGGCGAGUUCCUCCCAGGAACCAUACAACUCUUCGUCCAAGGCGAAUCUGGCGACCUACGCGACCAAGAACUUGUCCUCAACCCAACACCAACCGACAGCCCCAAUGAUCCCAUCAACUGGUCCCCAUGGCGAAAAUACUGGCACGCUACUCUGGUCCUCUUCAUCACCGCAAUGACAGCGGCGAUCUCCAACGAUGCCGGAGCAGCCAGUGAUGGUAUGCUGGCAGAAUUGGGCAUUUCUUACGAUGUAGCGAAUACAGCCGCCGGAGUCCUAUUCGCAUCGAUCGGAUACUGGUGUUUACUCGCUUCUCCCAUGCCUUGGCUAUACGGUCGCAGGAUCCAAUAUCUCAUCUGUCUGACAUUCGGUAUGGUCGGCUCUAUCUGGUUCGCGCGCAUUAGAGGCGUGCAAGACUCAAUUUGGAACCAAAUGUUUGUGGGCGCCUCGGAGAGCUGCGCAGAAGCUUUGGCUCAGUUAUCACUCUCGGACUUAUUCUUCCAGCAUCAACGUGGGUCUGUUUUGGGCUUGUAUAUCUUGGCAACUUCGAUUGGUACAUUCUUGGGUCCACUAGUUGCAGGAUACAUCGCCAUUGAUAGCUGGAGGUGGGUGGGCUGGACAGCUGCGAUCGUUUGUGGGUGUUCGUUGCUCGUCUUCUACUUUGGUCUAGAAGAGACAGCUUUCCAGCGUGAUGCCAUCCUUGGCCUCCAAGGAGCUCGCGCAUCAAUCUCAGUAAUUCCAGGCGAGAAGAAAAUUACGGACACCCCCAAUGAGCUCGACACCCGCAACUCCCACGACAGCGCUCGUCUCACCAUCGACCGCAAAAAAUCCUACCUCGAACGCAUCGCCCUCAUAACCCCAGCCCCCAACCUCAUCGGCCUCGGCUUCAAACAAUACUUCCACCGCCUCUGGCUAACCCUCCGCGUCUUCACCUUCCCCGCAGUCCUCUACUCCGGCCUCCAAUGGGGCGCCCAAGACGCCUGGCUAUCCUUCUACCUCACAGUCGAAGAAGACAACUACUACGACCCACCCUGGAACUACAGCAACCAAGCCGUCGCAAUCAUGAAUGUCCCUACCCUCAUCGGCGCCACAAUAGGCUGCAUCUACGGCGGCUGGUUCUCCGACAUCUUCGUCAAAUAUCUCGCGAAAAGACGAGGCGGAAUCUCCGAAGCCGAAGAUCGUCUGUGGCUCAUGUAUCUCUCUGCAAUCAUCAAUCCCGCGGGAUUAAUGCUUUUUGGCAUCGGAUCUUCCAAAGCGUGGAAUUGGCCCGGUCCGUAUCUUGGUUUAGCCAUGACCGGGUUCGGUUUUGGUUGCGCUGGAGAUAUUUCCAUGGCAUAUUUGAUGGAUGCUUAUCCGGAUAUGGUGCUUGAAGGGAUGGUGGGUGUGGCGGUCAUUAAUAAUACUUUGGCGUGCAUUUUUACGUUUUUGGCGAGUCGGUGGAUUGAUGCGAGUGGUUUGGCGAAUACAUUCAUUGCGAUUGGGGUUUUGUCUUUGGUGUUUCAUUUGACGACGAUUCCGAUGCAGAUUUUUGGGAAGACGUGUAGGCGGUGGACGUACAACAGAUAUCAGCGAUUUUUGGAACUGCGAGAUGGUGAGCGAUGACAUGAGAAGGUGUAUUGUAAUUUUGGAAGGAGAACAAGUUUGUACACAUCGAUGGAAGAUGAAUAUCAAGAGCAC